AUGGGCACUAGCCGCAGGCACGAAGGCAACAGCGGGCGCAGUGUGCUCCGCACCCUGUUUGCCUCGUGCUUUCACAAACGACCAGGGCAACCUCCACCAAAGGCGCCGCCUAGUGAGGGAGCGACCGAGACUGACAGCGGCGACUCAUCACUGCAUUCUCUCCCGGUCCCUACUAUUAAUUCCAAUCCAAAACCUGCACCACAGCUCUCCAUUAGAGAAGCCCCACCCAACACCACCAUCAAGCCUCCAGACAUCAUCAUGCCCAAGGCACCGAAAAAGUCAAAGUCUGCCACCAAGAAGGCCGCCCCCGAUCUGUCGGCCAAGGGGGCAAAGUCCAAGUCGAAAGACAGGUCGCCACUCAAAACCGCUGACCUCGAAUCCUUCUGCUCUAGAUACUUUUCUGCCCAUGAUGGAGCUUCGAGUGCGAAGCAGCAGGAGGCAGACGCGCGAAAGAAGCAGUUAGAAGCCAUCUUUGAUGAUUUCGAGACUGACGAGGACAAGAAUGACAACCACGAUAGCGGGGACCCGGCCCUGGGGGCAGAUUCAUCCAUGCGCUACCUCGAGGCUGUGGGCGCCAACCCUGCCGAUUACAGCCUGCUUGUGGUGUGUGAAAUCGUCAAGGCCACGACCAUUGGAGAAAUCACCAAGGAAGGCUUUGUGGAAGGCUGGAGCGAGGUCAUCGAAACUCUCGACGCCAGCGUCAAACCCGACCUGGCAACCCAAAAACGCUAUGUCCAAUCUCGGAUGAAGCAGGUCUCCCAUGACCCAGCCUAUUACAAGAAGCUGUACCAGUAUGCCUUUGUUGUUGGGAAAACUAACAAGGCCAUGGCCAUGGACACGGCUUGCGCUAUGUGGGAGAUGCUUUUCGACGCCGGCAUUGGGCACGAGUGGAAGACUGCCAAUGUCAACUGGUUGGAGUCGUGGUCAGAGUACCUGCAGGAGAAGUUUUACGUUCCGCCACCAAAUCCCGACGCGGCCGAAGAAGGAAAAUGGACACGCACUGUGAGCAAGGACUUGUGGAACCAGACAUUGGUGUUCGUCAACAAGACGCUCGAGGAUGAGUCCCUUGGUUUCUGGUCCGAGGAGCAAGCUUGGCCAGGCAUCAUCGACGACUUUGUGGUCUGGUGCCGGGAGAAGGGGAUUGUGGCUCCCAAGGCCAAGGACGACAUGGAGGUGGACGAGUAGAGAAGGCGCUUGUUCGGAUACUGUCACUGGGUUUGGAGGGUUCGUACCAGGACUUGCCAUGGAGGGUCGUAUUCCUCAUGCGGAACCAGAGGGGCGGGCAUACGAGGGAUUUGCAUAGGGCGUGGUGCUUCUGGGAUGGGUACACAGGCUGAAGCAUUUGUCAUGGCGUUAUAUCUGCAGGCUGGUAAAGGGGAAAGCAUGAAGCACCACAAUAGACUAAAUUAAAAGAAGCGUUCUGCGUGUUUAAUGGGCUACUUGUUGAGUACAAGGCUUAUUCUGGAGGCUGGUCUACUACAGCAGAUGCCUCUGCAACAAGACCGAGUCCUGCGAAAAUAGUAUGCAAAAUGUCAACUCGUCAUCUUUUAUAGCCGAAUACUGGCGCCCUCUGGUUUGAGAUGCCACAACUGCCUGCUGCUCUUAAAGUUCCGGACGUCCUCUGUUAGGAACGGU